AUAUAUAUAUAUAAAAAAAUAAGAGAUAAAGAAAGAGAAAGAGUAAAAAAGAAAUUGUGAAAGAAUUACAAGAAGAGAGAAGAGGAAGAAAGAACGCAAAGUGAGAUCUCCCCUGUGCGCGUCGAAAAGGCGCGAUCGUUGCUCGGUUUCAUUCAGUCAGUGCCGGUACUUCUUUUCGCACGCGUCGUCGUAGUCAUCGUAGUCGUCGUCGUCGUCGUCAUUCGUCGUCGUCGUCGUCGUCGUCGUCGUCGUCGUUGUCAUUCGCCGCCGCCGCCGUCGUCGCCGCCGUCGUCGUCGUCGCCGCCGCCUCCGAGGCCGCUGUCGUCGUCGUCGUCGUCGUCGCCGUCGUCGCCGUCGUCGUCGUCAUCAUCGUCGCCGUCGUCGUCGUCGUCGUCGUCGUCAUAGUUGUCGUCGAUGAUCAUACCAUCAAGACCUGAAGGAUAUUAUUACUUUCCAUGUGUAUAUCAAGGACGUUCGCCUCAUUUCGUUCUAGUAGUUAGUAACGGAGUAUUAAAGGAAGAAUAUACCGAAGAAAUAAACCGAAGAAAUUAAGGAAUAUAUAAUAAACCGAAGAAAUUAAAGAAUAUUUAAUAAACCGAAGAAAUUAAAGGAUACUUAAAUAAAAUAAAAUAAAGUAAAAUAAAAUAAAAUAAAAUUAAAAUUAAAAUUAAAAUUAAAAUAAAAUAAAAUAAAUAAAUAAACGAAUAUACGAAUAUACGAAUAAAGAGAAAGUCAAGACUACGGAAAAAUUUAUAGGAAUAAACAAAGUAUUAGAAAGAAAGUGGAAAGAUAUAUCCUCGUCUACGUCAUCAAGUCUUCGUCGUCAUCGAAGUUACUUCCAUGUGGGGAGAGGGAAACUAUCAUCAUCCGGUACUACUACUACUACUACUACUAGGACGAGUCAGUGAUCAUUGUUUUCAAUAUCCUUCUUCUUCUUCUUCUUCUUCUUCUUCUUCUUCCUCCUUUUCUACUGCUUCUACUUCUUCUACUUCCUCUACUUGUUCUACUACUACUAUUCGUACUACUACUACUACAACUGCUGCUGCUACUACCACUACUGCUACCACUGCAAAAAGAGGGAAUUGUGGUAAAGGUGGCUGAGAAGGAACGAAAAGAAGGAGAAGACGAAGAAGAGGAAGAGGAAGAGGAAGAGGAAGAAGAGGAAGAAGAAGAAGAAGAAGAAGAAGAAGAAGAAGAAAGAGGAGGAGGAGGAGGGGGAGGAGGAGGAGGAGAAGAAAUAAAAGAGGAAUUAAAAUCAUAAGCGAAAGCUCUCAAGGGGGGCAUGAUAAGCAAGGACGUGAUUUCGAGAAGAGAAUCAGGUGUCGCUCUGAUAAACGAUUUUUCUGAACUCGAUAGAAUAAUAGUGCGAGAGAGAAACAAGAUUCGACGGAUUAAUCGACCUGUUUCACGAAAAUUAUUGAUGACGGAAUGACGGGACCUUCAUUAUCAUUUAGAGAAUACAUCAGCAGUAUGGGCAAAAAGAUAUACGAGCGAGCUAAAAAAUAAUUUUUAGCGUAGGCUCGAUCGCGGUUCGAUCGUGGAUCGAUCGAACGAUCGAAUUUUUAUAAAAUCGAGGAAAGGAAAGAGUACGAAAUAAAAGGGGGAAAAAAACAAAAAAAGUAAUACAAUCUAAGAAGAUAAUACUUUUUUCCUCAAGAAGAAAUUUUCUUUCAAAAUAUAAAGACGAGAAAAAUACAUACGGUGAACCGACGAAGGCGACAACUAAGACGCAACACGUCGGAUGAUCGUUAACAAUGGAAUCAUUCUUACUGUGACACUAGGCUGGUUGGCCUAAUCGCCGAUGAUAAUUCCUCUUACUUUUAUUAACGCCAUAACCACCAUCACCACAACGCCAUCAUUACCUUCACCAUUACCACCAUCAUUAAGUCCUGUGCUCUAACGCCAUUACCACCAUCUUAAGUCCUUUUACUCUACCAAUUUAAAAAGAAUCAUCAAGUUCGUCGAGUAAAGAAAAAAGAGAGAGAGAGAGAGAGAAAGAGAGAAAGAAAGAAAGAAAGAAAGAAAGAAAGAAGGAAAGAAAGAAGGAAAGAAAGAACGAACGAACGAAAAAAGAAUUUCGUAAUAAUCAUUGCCGUCGUUGACCUCUCUUAUACGUCGUUCACCUAAGUAUACACACACACAUAUAUAUAUAUAUACAUAUAUAUAGUUUUCAAGGUCAUCUUGAUAAGUGCCGAUAAGUGCCAAGAGAAAAUUCUUUUUUUUCCUUCUGUUGCUGUAUCUGCGGAAAGGUGAAAAUAAAAAGGAAACGAAUAAGGGUGAGGACGAGGGAGAAGAGGGGAGGAGGAAAGGGAAAAAGAAAAAGAAAAAAAAAUCAAGCACAGGAAAGUGGGUGGUGACAAAGUGAGAUAGAGAAAGAGGUACAGAGACAGGGAAAGAAAGAGAGAGAGAAAGAGAGAGAGAGAGAGAGAAAGAGAGAGAGAGACAGAGAAAGGGAGAGUAAAAGAGAAAGAGAGAGAGAGAGAGAGAGAGGGAGAGAGGGUGUCCUCGUUGGGGUGGCAGAGUGAGCACGAUAGCACCUCUGGUGCCCUCGGCCGUGGGUCCCGAGGGGACGGACGCCAUGGCGGCCUCUUCGUCCUCGUCGAGCGGCGAGCAGCAAUACUCACUCAGGUGGAACGACUUCCACUCGAGCAUCCUUAGCUCAUUUCGUCAUCUUAGGGACGAAGAGGAUUUCGUCGACGUGACAUUAGCCUGCGAUAGUAGCAGUUUCACUGCUCACAAGGUCGUCCUCUCCGCCUGCAGCCCUUAUUUCAGGCGACUUCUUAAGGCAAACCCAUGCCAGCAUCCAAUUGUGAUAUUAAGGGACGUUGCAUCUUCGGAUAUGGAGUCCCUAUUACGGUUUAUGUAUCAUGGAGAAGUACACGUCGGUCAAGAACAAUUGGCUGCCUUUCUGAAGACCGCGCAAAUGCUUCAGGUUCGAGGAUUGGCGGAUGUUAAUAGUGGUGCUGCUACAGCUAAAAUUCCACCCCCACCUUCGUCAAGUGGCAACAAUGGUAGUGCACCCACGACGCCACGUAAUCCAUGGCAAGAUAACGGCAGGGGAGAUCUUAAUGAGAGUGGCUUGAGUCCUCCACCGGAUAAGAGACCUAGAAGUUAUAGUCCCCCACUGGGUAAUCAUAUCGAGCCAAAAACAGAUCUACAAGAGUCUCUCUUGGGACAGGCCCUUGAAGGUGGACCCACGAUACAUACGACACCUACGAACAAUGUUCAGGCCCAAUCGACUGGCGAAGAUUCGAAUUCUAUAUCGGACAACGAGGAAGAUAUGUCGAACAACGAUAGUAUCUUAAACUCAGUGAAAACAGAACCUAGCGAUAUUUUGAAUGAUUCGAUGGAGCAUCAUCGUAGUACCUUCCCAGCUGCGCUUUUGGGUCUACAAGGACUUAUGCCAGGACCAUCGGGGAUUCAUGCGGCAAAUCAGGAUCCAAAUUACGGGCGGUGGCAGCCCUCUGGAGGAGACGGUUCAAGCUCGAGUUCCGGUUGGCUGCCGGGUACGUCCUCGACGAAAAACGAGCAUGCCGGGCCUGGAACCUACCAGAGCGGAUCUCACAACUCUAAAGGGCAGGACCUUGCCUCUCUCCUACAUCAUCAUCAUCAUCAUCAUCAUCAUCACCACCAUGCCACCAGCCAACAGUCGCAGCAACACAACUUGAACGCACUCAACUCUUUGAACAGUUUGAAUAGCGAGCAACUUACGAUGAUGCAUCAGAAACUACAAAAUAAUCUUCAGACUUUGCAGCAGCAGCAGCAACAACAACAACAACAACAACAACAACAUCAGCAGCAGCAGCAGCAGCAGCAGCAGCAACAGCAACAACAGCAACAACAGCAACAACAAGUGUCCUCAAAGAGUGAACAGCUAAACCUGAUGUUUCAAUCCUGUACUAAGGAUAAAAUCGAGAGUAUGGCGAUGUUACAUCAACAAGCCCAUCGUCGUUAUUCACAUCAACUGGAAGGUGGUAAUCAUUCUGGCAAACCAAAGUGUCCAGAAUGCGGUAAAAUUUAUUCGAACAAUUCUAACCUGAAGCAGCACAUCGUAAACGUACAUACCGUGCAAACCGAAUACAUCUCUUGUCAUGUCUGCAACAAGCAAUUUAAAACGAAGCAAUAUCUGCAAAUACAUUUGUUAUCGAUGCACGGCAUCAGGAAAAGGAAGAGUUAUCCUCUAUAUCAGAUGCAGACACACGCUCAAGCUCAACAACAACAGCAACAACAGCAACAAUCAGCUGCAUCUGGCAACAAUCAACAAUCAUCGUUACAACAACAAUAUCCACCGGCUGAAAGGUGGUCAGAAGAGAAACAGUGAUGAACGACUGCAUCGCGCGAUAAAAUCAUCGAUUACGUUUAAGAGGAAUAUUUAAAAAUAGAAAAAAAAAACAAAACGUCUUUCCUUUUCUCUUUUCUUUCCUAUUCGUUCUAUUCUUUUUUCUUUCAUUCUUUCUUUCUUCCUUCACUUUUUCGUUUUAAUCCUUUUCGCCGUUUUCUUUUCUUUUUCUGUCUUUUCGUCACUCUUUCUUUCCAUCUUUUCUCGCUUCUAGAAACUUUCGUGUACAUACACUAUUUACUCUUCGAUGUAUAUAAUUGAACGAAAAAGAGUAAAACAAAAACAAAAAAAAAGGAAAAAACGAACAAAAAAGAAAGAGAAGAGAGGAAAGAGAGAGAGAGAGAGAGAGAGAGAGAGAGAGAGAGAGAGAGAGAAAAAACAUUCUAUCGCGCAAAUCGUGUACAUAACACCGAAGCGAGUCUCUUCGAUAUUCUUCCCUUUAUUAAGGGUGAAAAGGCGUGGGUGCGGAGGUGUCGAUAGGUAAGAGAGAAAGAGAAAGAGGAAAAGGUGGAGAGGGGCGGUGGAGUGAGAGGGGAAAGGAAGAGAAAGAGGAGAAGGAGGAGGAGGAGGAGGAGGAGGAAGAGGAGAAGGAUAAAGGAGGAAGAGGAGAAGAGUGACGAGAGGGUAGGCCGACCUAUUUUCGUACUGUGCGCCUACCGCAGUGCGCAGGGUAUUCGCCCUUCGACGCUUCGAUAAGUAGGCCUCCUCGAUUGACCGACGAUGAGAAAGAAAGAGACAGAGAGAGAGAGAGAGAGAGAGAGAGAGAGAAA